UACUGACAAAGCGAAAAAAUACACCAACAUCAGCACCCACGUUGUCACAUCGCUCAUUAUUCCGAUACGCUCCGGAAAAAUUGUAAUCUCAACAUGUGUCUACUUAUUAUUACUCGAUAUAAAUAAUUAUCGCCGUUUGUUAGUCAUUUAAUGCGCAUUUCUGAUACAUAACCGGCAGUUGCGUUUCAACGUCCAUUUACGAGACAUUUCAAGGAAUUCCGAGGAGAAUGGAAUUCCAGGUCAGGGCUUUUCUAGGGGCAUUUUUGAUUCUUUCAAUGGUGGAAAAUUACUGGGGGUUUACAAAUGUUUACCCAAAGAUGAAGGGCUAUCCUUUGGGGAUCGAAGAAGAUGUGGGAAAUCCGUUAUUUCUCACGCCUUACAUCGAAAGUGGAAAAAUCGAAGAGGCAAAAAAAGCCGCCAGUGUUAUCCAUACAGAGAUGAAGGAUGUUAGAAGCUACUCCGGAUACCUGACUGUCGAUAAGAAAUUAAAUUCCAACAUGUUCUUCUGGUUUUUCCCUGCUCGGGUGGACCAAAAAUCGGCUCCAGUGGUCUUGUGGCUCCAGGGAGGUCCAGGGGCGACUUCCCUUUACGGCCUCUUCACCGAGAAUGGGCCUUUCAUGGUUACCAAGAAACUGACCCUGGCCAUGAGAAAAUACACCUGGAGCAUAAAUCACAAUCUCCUGUAUAUAGACAAUCCGGUGGGGACUGGAUACAGCUUCACGGAACACUCGGAGGGGUACGCCAGGAAUGAGACCGAUGUUGGAGAGAACUUGCAUAGAGCUCUCGUUCAAUUUUUCCAGCUCUUCCACGAGCUCCAGCCCAAUGACUUCUUUGUUACCGGAGAGUCAUAUGCUGGGAAGUACGUGCCAGCCUUAGCCUAUACUAUUCACACGAAGAAAGACACAUCCCCGGUGAAAAUCAACUUGAAAGGUCUAGCAAUUGGAAAUGGACUAACUGACCCGAUUCACCAAUUGAAUUACGGAGAUUAUCUGUACCAGCUCGGCCUUAUUGAUUUCAAUGGACUAGAGCAGUUCCACGUGUAUCAGAAACGGGGGAUCGAUUUUAUAAGUCAGAGCAAGUACGACGAGGCUUUCCAGGUGUUUAACCAGUUGAUCAACGGGGACCUAGAUACCACCCCCAGCCUCUUCCAGAAUCUCACGGGUUUCAAUUUUUAUUUCAAUUACUUGAAAACUCAGGAUUCGAAUGAGUCGCAGUGGGUGGCAGAGUGGAUUCAAAAAGCCGACGUGAGAAAAUCCAUUCACGUGGGCAACUGCAGUUUUAAUUUUGAGGCGACUAUUGUCGAGGAUCACUUGAAAACUGAUAUCACCAGAUCUGAGGCUGAUAAGGUCGCCAUUCUGGCUCAGCAUUAUCGUACGCUGAUUUAUAAUGGUCAACUCGAUAUUAUUGUGGCAUACCCUCUCACGGAGAAUUAUCUGAUGAACCUGCAGUGGCCUGGGGCUGAAGCUUACAAGAAAGCAGCCAGAACCAAGUGGAUAGUCGACGGGGAAAUUGCUGGGUACGCCAAGACUGCUGGAAAUCUCAUCGAGGUCCUCGUGAGAAACGCUGGCCAUAUGGUACCUGGGGACCAGCCCAAGUGGGCCCUGGACUUGAUUACCAGAUUCACGAGCGGAAAACCAAUCUAGGGAUCAAAUGUUUUUCAGUUCUUGGAAUAUCACCAUGAUAUUUUGCAUUAUUUACAUGUAAAUAAUUAUCGAUCAAGAAUAAUUAAUUGGAUCAAUAUGA